AUGUAUAAACUGGAAUUUCCUCUUUAUGUAGUUAUUAGUUACAUAGCUCUAGCUAUUAUCGGUAUUCUUGGAAACUUUACAAUAAUUCUAAUAACUAUUACAAAUAAAUGUUUACAUUCCCGUUGUUAUAUUCUUAUUGCACUCAUGGCUUGUUUCAAUUUUGUAUAUUGUAUUUAUGCGGCUCAAUUGAGAGUGAUGAUUUUGAUCAAUGAAUCAGUAAUGAGCUCAUCCACGUGUUUUCUCAUCUCAAUUUAUGGAAUUUUCGCUAUGAACAUGCAAAGUCUAUUGGCACUUUUUAUUGGAAUCGAUAGAGUAUAUGUGAUCGUGUAUCCGGGAAAAUAUGCAAAGCUUUCAAUCAAUUACUAUUACUUAAUGGUUACCUUGUGUGCUUUGAUUUCCUUACUAGUCACGUUUUGCAAGUUUGUUUUUUAUUCAGAUGAAGUGGUAACUAAUUGUCUCCUGAGCACUGCACUUCACGGUAUCCCAUUUAAAAUUUGGCAGUUCAUGAAUUUUUUCAUAACUGUGGCUGUAAUUUUUGUUUACAGCUUGGCUCAUAUAAAUUUCCAAACUUUAAAAAAAAGUACCGUUCAUAUGAAAACUGCAAAAUCAGUCGAUCGAAUUAUGAAGUCAAUGCUGAUAGUCAUCGCAUUCUACGUUUGUACUUGGACUCUUGGGCUUUGUGGGAUGUUUUUGUCUCAGUUUUUACAAGCUGACGAUAUUCAUGCAUUUAUUAUUCAGAAGUUAUCUGGAUGGCUCGUCCUUUCUAAUUCUUCUCUCAAUGUUUUUAUUUACUUUUGGAGAACUCCCGAUUACAGAAAAGCAAUUUUGAAACUUUUUGGUAUAUCCAAGUCCGUCGUGGAUUCAAGGAUUCAUGUGUCUUAUAUGCCGAAUAAUCCUGUUGCUAUUUUUUGA